UAUCCGAAGGCAUUACAAUUGGCUGCCGUCAGUUGCGGUUCACCGAUCGCGAUGAUCAAAACAUUGGUUACGGAGGUUCAUGUUACAAUCUGUCGUUCAAUAAACUUUAAACUGGCAACUAUGUGGAUAUUUUAAAACAACAGAAACAGCUCGAAGUACCAGAAAAAAGGAUAUGGAUAAUAUAUAAAAAGCGAUUUAGCUAUUUGUUACAAAAGAAGAGGACGAACAUUGAUAAAAAACAGUGGCCAUUGCAAAGGUUACCAUCCAUACAAAAUGUCACAUGGAGACCGCGGAGGACGAAUAAGUGUGGUGAAAUUUUUGGAAUUGGGAUUUGCCAUAGCAUGCCUGGCUUUGCAUUUCUAUAGUUUCGAUGAUCGGGACAUAAUAACAUCCUUUCUGGCGACUGGAACCUUCAGUGGAUACAUUGUGGUUGUAAUUGGAAUUUUUGCUGGCGCAAUGAUGCGAGCCCACAUACAUCGUCGAAUAGAUAUUUUCUUCAGCGUCUUGGGCUGCGCCCUGUUUGUGGCCUCUGGUAUUUUCAUCAUCGAGGCCUGGGAGUAUUCAUUUCGCACAAGGACACGAGAUUUGGCCCUGAUCAAGGCCUCAUUGUCCAUUGUGAAUGGCGUGCUGUUUGGAUUCGAUGCCAUAUUCACAUUUCGUGAUAAAUAGAGUCGAAGAAUUAAAAAAGAAAAUGCUGCCACACACACAAAACGAACCCUAAAACCAAAUAAAAUAGACAUUUCGUUUUUUUUCUUUUUAUACCUACAUACCUUCUUAAAUGUACAACCAUAAAUACACAAGUAUGUAUGUAAGAAUAAGUAAAUAAAUAAACAAUCUUUCAGUCUUUUUCUAAAGUUGGUCUAUCCAUCCCUUAAUUUUGUUUGAUUGUACAGCAACAUCGUACAUAUAAGGACCAUAAUAAAUCAAUUCGAAUAA